AUGCGCGCCAACCAUGAGAGCGUCAACGGGCCCGUCCCGCCACUGUCCGACCACCCCCCGUCCCUGGCCGACAGACCCUCGGCCGCCCGUGGCAAGUGCGCGUGGUGGAAGGUUCACCUCUUCCGCGGCAUGGUCAAUGAUGUCCGUCGGAGGGCCCCUUACUACGCCAGCGACUGGCUCGAUGCCUGGGAUUAUCGCGUCGUGCCCGCCACCGUCUACAUGUACUUUGCAAACCGCAGCAUUCUGCCUGCUCUUGCCUUUUCGCUCGACAUGUUCCAAAAGACUGGAUCAAACUACGGCGUCAACGAAGUCUUGUUGGCCUCGGUGCUGGGCUCGGUUGUCUUUUCGCUCUUUGCGGCUCAACCACUGGUCAUUGUUGGCGUGACGGGUCCCAUCACCGUCUUUAACUAUACCGUGUACGACAUCAUGAAGUCAAGCGGCGUCAACUACAUUGGAUUCAUGGCCUGGAUCGGCAUCUGGUCACUCAUCCUUCACUGGAUCCUCGCCGUCACAAACUCGUGCAACUGGCUUCGCUGGGUCACCCGCUUCCCUUGUGACAUCUUCGGCUUUUACGUUGCCUUCAUCUAUCUCCAAAAGGGUAUCCAGGUCCUCGAACGUCUCGGCAAUGACAGUCCCUUUUACCUCUCCGUCAUGGCUUCUUUGCUGGUCUUCAUGGUGGCAUACGUCUGUGGCCAGCUAGGGGACAGUAGUCUUUUCAAACAUCCCAUUCGAGUCUUCCUUAAAGACUACGGCACCCCGCUUACCCUCAUCUUCUUCACCGGCUUCGUCCACUUUGGGCGCAUGGACAGGGUGGAGCUGGAGAGGCUGCCCACAAGCAUUGCCUUUAUGCCAACGAGUGGUAGAAACUGGCUUGUCAGCUUCUGGGACCUGAGUGUGGGUGAAAUAUUCACCGCUCUGCCCUUUGCUGUCUUGCUCACCAUUCUCUUCUGGUUCGACCACAACGUGUCGUCUUUGAUCGCCCAGGGAAGCGAGUUCCCGCUCCGGAAACCCGCUGGCUUCCACUGGGAUCUUUUCCUCCUCGGCGUCACCACCGGUGUCGCGGGCAUCCUGGGCUUACCCUUUCCCAACGGUCUCAUCCCUCAAGCCCCCUUCCACACGGAAUCUCUCUGCGUCACCAAGCCUGUCAAGGAACUCGACGAAAAGGGCGAGGACAAGGGCGAUUACACGUUUGAGGCAACCCAUGUCGUAGAACAGCGUGUCUCGAACCUGGCCCAAGGGCUCCUGACGCUAGGAACCAUGACCGGGCCCCUUCUCGUCGUGAUCCAUCUUAUCCCCCAUGGUAUCCUCGCAGGACUCUUCUUCGUUAUGGGAAUCCAGGCCCUCGAGGCCAACGGCAUCACGGCCAAGCUCCUCUUCCUCAGCUGCGACAAGGGUCUGACGGCCGCAAACCACCCCCUCAGAGCUGUCAAGCGCCGCGCCGCGAUCUGGUUCUUCAUAGCCAUCGAGCUCAUCGGCUUCGGCGCCACCUUUGCUAUUACCCAGACCGUCGCCGCCGUCGGCUUCCCUGUCUUCAUUCUGGCACUGAUCCCAAUCCGUGCGCUGCUGCUUCCCAUGGUCUUACGUCCCGAGGAGCUAGCUUUGCUGGACGCACCGACGGCCUCCGACUUCACCAUGGAAGGAAUUGGCGGCGCUUGGGGCGAAGACGCCGCCAACAGCAGCAAUGACACGGCUGUUGCCAGCCGGUCGCCGUCCUGUCGGGAGUCGCCGGGGCGGCUUGAUGGUGAGAAUAGUGUCCUUGCAGGCUCGGCAAGUCCCCGAAAGGCACAGGAAGACCUGGCGGAGCUGGGACAGGCGCAGAGUGGCCAAAGCAGCGCCAUGAGGAGGAGAGGGGAGCGCGGAUAG